CAUUUCCUGGCAGUAAAAUGAAUUACUAACUCUCCUAAAUUGGUAAAACUUAAAUAGAAGAAGGUAUGAAAAAUACAAUUCGUUCACACGCUUGCCCGCUGAUUAAGUGAAAUCGGAUUAAAUGAUGUUCCUUCAUUUUAGCUCUUGUUGUGGUGUUUUAAGAGGGAAAUAAGUGGUUAUCUAAUUUAAUUAUAAAAGUUAUUCCCUUUUCAAUCAGCAUGGCCAAAUGCUAGUAAAAAGCGGGAAAAGAAACUUAGAAAAUUUGAGAUAAACUUUCAACCGAUAUUAUUCAUCCGCUAUAUUUCAGGAGAAAGCAGGACCUAUCAAAUUGCUUUCUGAGGCUAAAAAUAUAAAUUCCAAUCUUCAUUUUUAUAUCCUCCCAAAGUACUUUCAUAAUAACUAAAAAAGUAAUUGAAAAUCAGUACUGGCUGAAAUCACGCGAACAAAUGGUGCGCUAUUUUUCGACCCUAUAUGUGUUUCUUAUCAUUGGACUGAUUAUCCACAAUAUUUCAUGCCAUGAGUUUGUUUACCAGAAACGCCAACCAAUUUCCACGCCUCUAUUCAAUUCGGAUUACAAUGAAUUGUACGACUGGCAGAACUUUGAGUUGAGAAAACCCGAUGGUGGGGUAGAGUGGUCAAAAAGCGGCAAAUCACAAGCAGCACUCUUCUCGCCCUCAGUCGAAAGGGCCAUAAAAAUGCUGGAUCAACUAAACUUUCAGAUGACGUAUCACCCUUUUUGGAGAGAAGAAACAGAUUAUCCGAAAAUCCAUGCUCGUAGAAUAGACUGGCCAAACGCUAUCCUAGCCUCCCAAAUCAGUCGGCUAACAGAAACUCAGAAAAAGUUGGAACAACAUCAUCAAAGGAGGUCACCAAGUAAUUCCCGAUUUCAACAGAAAAACUAUAUUCAGCCUCUAAUUUCAGCCCCUCUCAACAACAACCACCUCUCUAAAAGAUCAAUGAUAGACGACUGCUAUUGGAAAGAUUUCGUAUUUUGCAGCGCAAUGCUCAAAAAACAAAGCGGUUAGCUAGCAAUUGUCGAAUCAUUAGGAGGGACCAUUUCAUUCAUCAUCACUUUUCGAACUAAAGAAAGAGGACUCCUUCUACAACCAUUUUAGUCGCCAAUUAAUGCAGCCAAAAGAGACGCCCUCCAAUCUUAACAACCUCCUUAAUCAAUACCAUAAGGACCAUAAGAUAUUGUCAUCGGGCGUUUAAACGAACUUUUCCAAUAUAUCAGAAUAUCUAUAGCUAAUCCUAGUUAAUGUCGAAAUCUCCUAUGUCAACGAGCUGUUCAGAUUUAUGUGUUUUAAAGGGGGAAGUAACAUCAAAUAAAGUUGUAUAUCCCUCGGAAAUCUCUUGUUUCUUUGACAGAUUAACAUUUUCAGAAGGAGUGAAUUAACAGCAGUUAACAAG